AUGCGUGCCUCAUUAUUCCUCACAUCGGCCGUGGCCAUGUCGGCUUGGGCUGCCCCCAUCUUCCCCAAGAUCGACGCAGACGCCAGCAUCCCAGACAACAUCCGGGUAUUGUCCGAGUAUUUUGGACUUCUAGCUUCCAAGGUCCAAGAAGCCCGGGCACACGGUACUGCGGCGAUCUGUGACCUGUCCCACGUUUCCCUCCCAGCCGCUGCUGCAGGUCUCCCAGCACCAUCUGACGGCCUCUUCCUCGAGCACAUCGCCAUCGGCCGUGGCACGCAAAACUACACCUGCAACCCCGCCACCCCGGAAGUCGCACCAAAAGCGGCUGGCGCCCUCGCGCAUCUCUUCAACGCCUCAUGCCUCGCCGCCGUGACCCCAGACCUUGCCACGACCCUCGCCCGCGCGGCGCUGCACUUCGAUGUCGCCCAGAGCGAGGCCAACCGCCACCUAGUCCCAUCCAACCUAAACCCCAGCGGCCUGCACUUCUUUGUCGACGACACCACGCCGCUGUUCAAGCUCGACGUCUCCCCAGACCUGCAGCUGGGCGAGCUCCCGUGCUCCAAGAACUCGAGCCUCCCCGCACCCCCAGACGCGCCCAAGGGCCUCCAGGGCGAAGCCGCCGUUCCGUGGCUCAAGCUCGUCGCUAAGCCCGGCGCUACCGGUGGGCUGCAAGAGGUCUACCGCGUGGCGACUGUUGGCGGGAGCGCCCCGGCUACGUGCGCAGGCCUGCCUGAGAAGUUUGAGGUGCAAUAUGCUGCACAGUAA